AACCAAUCAGCGUCACCGUCGUCACUGUACCACGCUUCCGCGAACCCAGCAGAACUGGAGAAGCCCCGGACCUCCAGGAUGCCGGGCGUGAGGCCCCCAACCGUCCUGCUGCUCUUCGAGGCCCUGGCGCUGACCGGGACCUGGGCUGGUCUGCACUCCCUGAGGUAUUUCUACACCGCCAUGUCCCGGCCCGGCCGCGGGGUGCCCCGCUUCGUCGCUGUCGGCUACGUGGACGGCACGCAGUUCGUGCGGUUCGACAGCGACGCCGCGAACCCCAGGAUGGAGCCGCGGGCGCCGUGGAUGGAGGGGCCGUGGGUGGAGCAGGAGGACCCGCAGUACUGGGACACGGAGACGGGGAAUGUUAAGGAAACCGCACAGAAUUUCCGAGUGAACCUGAACAAACUGCGCUCUCACUACAACCAGAGCGAGGAAGAGCCUCACACGUUCCAGUGGACCUACGGCUGCGAGGUGCGGUCAGACGGCACCUUCCACCGCGGUAUUGACCAGUUCGCGUACGACGGCGCUGACUAUAUCGCUUUGAACGAGGACCUGAGCUCUUGGACCGCGGCUGACAUGUCGGCUCAGAUCUCCCGGCGCAUAUAUGAAGCUGUGCAUGAGGCGGAGAUCCAGAGGAACUAUCUGGAGAGGGAGUGCGUAAAGUGGCUCCUCAGAUACUUAGAAAAAGGGAAGGAGACUCUGGAGCGCUCAGACCCUCCAGAGGCACAAGUGACCCGCCACCCCACUUCUGAGCAGGAGGCCACCCUGAGGUGCUGGGCGCAGGGCUUCUACCCUGAGGACAUCACCCUGACCUGGCGGCGGGACGGGGAGGACCUGACCCAGGACACGGAGCUGGUGGAGACCAGGCCCGCGGGGGACGGGACUUUCCAGACGUGGGCGGCAGUGGUGGUGCCGCAUGGGGAGGAGCGGAGAUACACGUGCCAUGUGCGGCACGAGGGGCUGCGGGAGCCCUUGAUACUGCGAUGGGAGCCGCCUCUUCAGACCACCACCAUCAUCAUCAUCAUGGGCAUCGUCAGUGGUCUGGUCUCGCUUGGAGCUGUGGCCGCUGCAGCUGUGAUGUGGGGGAGGAGGUGCUCAGGUGGAAAAGGAAAGAGCUGUGCUCAGGCUGCCAGCAGUGACAGUGACCAGGGCUCAGAUGUGUCUCUCACAGCUUGGAAAGCAUGAGACAGCUGCCCUGUCGGGGAAUGAGUGAUGGAAGGUUCCUCA